UUUCAGAGUAUAAUAGUUAUAAUUAUACUAUUAAAUCUGAUAUAAAUCAAAAAAAAUAUUUUAUGAAGAUUAUCGUUACUCUGGUAUAUUUUGUGGUAAUCUACUCUCAAUCAAAUAUAUUAUGUGAAGAUCCUAUCGACAACAAAAAUUCUGAAUUAACAAAGUCGAAAAGUCCAAAACUAUAUUGUAACGUUACUGUUGAGGCAGAUAGUAUUAGAACUAAAUUAUUAGUUACAGUUUUUGUUAAAAAGUCUAAGAAACGUAGUUGGUUUUCUUGUUGGGAAAAUUCAAGUGAAGAAAGUUAUUAUGAACUUUUAGACUAUACUGGUCAAAUACAAGAUCCUUCUUUAGUCGCAUUGUAUUAUAACGAAAUAAAACUGUUAAAUUCGGUAAAUAGAGUAUUAAACGAAGCUAAACGAUUUUUGAAAAAUAAAUAUAAUUACGAGUAAUGAGUACACACCAAUUGUAUUCGCAUUAACCGCUGGUUUAAGACUGUUUAAUAAAA